UAUGCUUAUAUACAAGUAACAAUCAUAUAAUUAGUUAAUGGUCAUCCAUCACAUUGACUAUUUAGUUUCUUUGUACAAGAGAUAGAUAAACAAGAUCAAGCGAAUUUUUAUAAAGAGAAUUAGAUAAAAUAUUUAUCACCUAUUUUGUCCCAUUCGAAAGUCAGAAAUGGGAAGGGAUGAUAAUUCAUAAGCACUAUAUAUUGCACUUCAUAGAAUAUAUUAAAAUUAUUAAUAAAUAUUAAUGUAAAAGUAGAAAGAAUUGAUGAAUUUACAUAGUUCUUAUAUAGUAGCAUGUAUGAUAACUCUAUUUAAAUCUGCAUUCGUUCUAUGAUCGACAUUUUGUUGGAAGCGUGAAAAGAUGCCGCAGAAGUAUAACUUCUAAAACCUUUAAUUUUUGUCACAAUGGAAAAUGAAAAGCUACCAUCUCUUUCCCAUAAUUAAUGUUCACAAAUUAGAUUCAUAUUUUGAAGAUAUGUUGUAUCCACUGAAGUACAUGUCUCUACAUGAGUUGAUCUCGAGAACGAAAUUAGAAUCGAACGGAGUUUUACAUCUAUUUUUAAUUUUAUAUAAUGAAGUUAGUCAAUCCAUAUAUAAAAUAUAUUUUUAACCAAAUUUACGAAGACAAAUCUAGAUAAAUAAACAAAAAGAAAUAUUCCAUUAGACUUCUUGAAAGUACUUAGAAAUUUAACGCAACAAAUACAAAACCGAAUCACUGAUCUCACAAUGCACGCUUGCAGAAAUUUCCUCAAAACAACCACCAAAUUUCUCAAAGAAAGAAAAUGCUUUAGAUCUUUCAAACCUCCCUGAAGCGAAACCAAUAUUCAAAACCACGUGCUCCCUAAUAAAAUUCAUACCCGGUCCGAGUACACUAUACCUGACCCGAUCCAAAAGGACCUUAUAUAUAUGUCCCCAUGCAAACACACAAAACAACUCAAAACACUCUUCAUCAAAACCAUUUCUCUCUCACUCUCCAAUGGCUUCUAACUACGACAAACUCACUUCUUCCAGAGUAGCGAUCAUUGGUGCUGGUGUUAGCGGUUUAGCAGCCGCUAAGCACCUAGCUCAUCACAACCCGACCGUUUUCGAAGCCUCGGAUUCGGUCGGAGGUGUUUGGAAGAGCUGCUCUUACGAGACAACUAAGUUACAAUCGACACGAGUCGAUUACGAGUUCUCUGACUUUCCAUGGCCCAAUAGAGAUGAAACUACUUUCCCAUCUUACGUUGAGAUAAUAGAUUACUUGGAAGCUUAUGCCAAGCAUUUUGAUCUCCUAAAGUUCAUGAACUUUGGCUCUAAGGUCAUUGAAGUUAGGUAUACCGGUGAUGGCGAAACUCCACAGAUGGUUGACCUCGGUGCUUAUGGCAACUUGUUGCCUGGUAAACCUGUCUGGGAGGUUGCUGUUCAGAGCGGAGAUGCUGGAGAUAUUCAGUGGCAUGCAUUUGAGUUCGUCGUAGUGUGCACCGGAAAAUUCGGCGACGUACCAAGAAUUCCGACGUUUCCAGCGAAUAAAGGGCCGGAGCUAUUCAAAGGAAAAGUGAUGCAUUCGAUGGAUUACUGCAAAUUAAACAAAGAAGAAGCUUCUCAUCUCCUCCGUGGCAAGAAAGUCGCCGUCAUUGGCUAUAAGAAAUCCGCCAUUGAUUUGGCUUUAGAGUCUGCUUUAGCCAAUCAUGGAGAAGGUGGACAAGCAUGCACAAUGGUGGUGAGAACAACACAUUGGGUGUUCCCACAUUACUGGAUAUGGGGUCUUCCAUUCUUCUUGUUCUACUCUACGAGAGCUUCUCAGUUCCUACAUGAUAGGCCUAACCAAAGCUUCCUUAAAACUCUCUUUUGCCUCAUAUUCUCUCUUCUGCGUGCCGUGGUUUCCAAAUUCAUCGAAUCAUAUGUUACGUGGAAGCUUCCUCUAGAGAAGUAUGGUCUUAAACCGGACCAUUCAUUUGAAGAAGACUAUGCUUCUUGUCAAAUGGCGCUCAUCCCGGAGAAUUUCUUUGAGGAAGCGGAUAAGGGUAUGAUCCGGUUUAAGAAAACAUCAAAAUGGUGUUUUUAUGAUCAAGGGAUUGAAUUUGGGGAUGGGACUACCCUAGAAGCUGAUGUUGUGAUACUGGCGACUGGUUAUGAUGGAAAGAAGAAGCUCAAAGCCAUUGUUCCUGAACCCUUUCGAACUUGGCUUGAGUUUCCAUACGGUGUUAUGCCUCUAUACAGGGGAACAAUCCAUCCAUUGAUACCAAACAUGGGUUUCGUUGGAUACGUUCAAAGUAACUCAAACCUACACACAUCAGAGCUACGUUCGCUGUGGUUAAGCCGUCUAGUGGAUGGGAAAUUCAAAUUACCGAGCAAAGAGAAAAUGCUGGAACAAUUCUCCAAGGAAAUGGAAGUGAUGAGAAGAUCGAGCAGAUUCUAUAAACGUCAUUGCAUUUCUACCUUCAGCAUCCAGCAUGCAGAUGAUUUAUGUAACGACAUGGGACUCAAUCCACGGCGUAAAUCCAACUUGUUCCUGGAAGCCUUUAGUCCUUAUGGUUCUCAAGAUUAUCGACUCGAUCAAGAAGAAAGAAAGUAAUUGAAUAUAGUACUACUCAAAAAAAAAAAUAACGAGCUUACAUCUGAGGGAUGAUGUCUAUCAUGUAAAAUACUAAAGUCAUAAAACUGUGUUGGUGAGUCAUUGAAUAAUCAUGUAUGUUUGACUACAUGAACUUUUAUAGUUUAAAAAAUGUUCUGUACACCCUUGUAUUAAUUAAUUGUUAGAGUAUCUAAAUAAAUAAA